AAACAGAAAACUUUUACUACUUGGAAGGGGAACGCUAUGCUCUCCUUUGUGGCAACACAACAGAUGCUGGUCAGUGUCCAGAAGGAUAUGUGUGUGUAAAAGCUGGCAUAAAUCCUGAUCUUGGCUACACAAAUUUUGACAACUUUGGGUGGGCUUUACUUGCCCUAUUUCGAUUAAUGACUCAAGAUUACCCUGAAGCACUUUAUCACCAGAUUCUUUAUGCUUCUGGGAAGAUCUACAUGGUAUUUUUUGUUGUGGUCAGCUUUUGGUUUGCCUUUUAUUUGGCAAGUUUGUUCUUGGGCAUACUUGCCAUGGCCUAUGAAGAAGGAAAGCAUGCAACUGAUGAAAAAUCUAAGGAGGAACCAACAUUUCAGCAGCCUAUAAGCAAACUUCAAGAAGGAAGCGAAGAAGCUGAGAGUAAAACCACACAAAUAGAAAUGAAGAAAAGAUCACCAGCUUCCAUGAACACAUCUUUGGAUGUAUUGGAAGAAGAUACCCUCAGACAUAAAGAAGAACUUAAAAAAUCCAGGAAGAAGUGCCCAUUGUGUUGGUAUAGGUUUUCCAAAAUUUUCUUGAUCUGGAAUUGUUCUCCCUGUUGGUUAAAAUUGAAAGAAUUUGUCCAUAGGCUCAUAACAGACCCAUUUACUGAUCUUUUUCUUCUCAUAUGCAUAAUAUUAAACAUAUAUUUUUUGGCCUGGGAACACUAUCCAAUGAGUGAUGACCACAGCUAUCUGCUAAGCAUUGGCAACUUGGUUUUCCUUGGAAUUUUUACAGCAGAAAUGAUUUUUAAAAUAAUUGCCAUGAAUCCAUAUUGGUAUUUCCAAGUAGGCUGGAACAUUUUUGAUAGUUUUAUUGUGUUACAAGGUUUAGCAGAACUUUAUCUAGCAAAUAUUGAAGGAUUGGCCCUUUGUCAAUCAUUCAGGAUGUUGCGUAUUUUCAAGUUGGGGAAAUAUUGGCCAACAUUUGAAAUAUUGAUGCUGACUCUUGGAAACUCACUGUCGGCCCUGAAAGACUUGAUUCUGCUGUUGUUCACGUUCAUCUUCUUUUCUGCUGUGUUUGGCAUGAAGUUGUUUGGUUGGAGUUACAAAGCAUGUGUCUGCCGCAUAGAUGAAAACUGUCAACUCCCACGCUGGCACAUGCAUGACUUCUUUCAUUCCUGCCUUAAUGUGUUCCGAAUUCUCUGUGGAGAGUGGAUAGAAACCUUGUGGGACUGCAUGGAGGUAGCAGGCCAACCCUGGUGCAUCUCUUUUUACAUGAUGGUCAUUUUAAUUGGAAACUUACUGGUACUUUACCUCUUUCUGGCACUGGUGAGUUCAUUUAGUUCAUACAAAGACUCAACAAGUGAAGAGAACAAUGAAGUGAAAAAUAUCCAGCUUGCAAUGGCAAGGAUUAAGAAAGGAGUAAACUAUGUGCUUCAUAAAAUAUUGUGCAAAAAGCAAAAUGUUCCACAGGAAACAACCGACCAUGUAAAUGAUACAUAUGUUAAAGAGAACAUUUCUGACCAUACACUUUCUGAAUUCAGCAACACCCAAGUUUUCCUCAAAGAUAAAGAAAAGAGCAGUGGCACAGAGAAAAACACAAUGACUGACAAUGAAAGCCAGUCACUUAUCCCCAGCCCCAGUGUCUCAGAAACUGUACCAAUUGCUUCGGGAGAAUCUGAUGUGGAAAAUCUGGAUAACAAGGAGAUUCAGAGCAAGUCAGGCAAUGGAGACAGCAGAGAUAAAAUAAAGCAAUCUAGCUCAUCUGAAUGCAGUACUGUUGAUAUUGCUAUCUCUGAAGAAGAGGAAAUGGUAUAUKAAUGUGAAAAGGCAAAGUAUCUUAAAAAUGGUUUUGAACAAAGAUCUUCACCUGGUCAAAUCAGUAGAGUAUCCAAGAAAGCAAAAAUUUGGCAGAACAUAAGGAAAACCUGCUGCAAGAUAGUAGAAAACUGUUGGUUUAGGUGUUUCAUUGGCCUCGUGACUCUGCUCAGCACAGGUGCCCUGGCUUUUGAAGAUAUAUAUAUAGAUCAACGAAAGACUAUUAAAAUCUUAUUGGAGUAUGCUGACAUGAUCUUCACUUACAUCUUCAUUCUUGAAAUGCUUCUAAAGUGGAUGGCAUAUGGUUUCAAAGCCUAUUUUUCCAAUGGCUGGUACAAGCUGGACUUCAUGGUUGUCAUUGUGUUUUGUCUUAGCUUAUUAGGCAAAACUCGGGAAGAUUUAAAACCACUUACUUCCAUUAAGUUCCUUCGGGCACUCAGAGUUCUAUCUCAGUUUGAAAGAAUGAAGGUCGUUGUGAGAGGUUUGAUAAAAACAAUUUUACCCACUCUGAACGUGUUUCUGGUCUGCCUUAUGAUCUGGCUGAUAUUUAGUAUCAUGGGAGUACACUUAUUUUCUGGCACAUUCUAUGAAUGCAUUGACCCAACAAGUGAGGAAAGGUUUCCUGUAUCUGAAGUCGUGAAUCGGAGUCAGUGUGAAAACCUUGUGUUGAAUGAAUCCAUGCCAUGGGAGAAUGCAAAACUGAAUUUUGAUAAUGUUGGAAAUGGUUUCCUCUCUUUGCUUCAAGUAGCAACAUUUAAUGGAUGGAUCACUAUUAUGAAUUCAGCAAUUGAUUCUGUUGGUGUUAACAUGCAGCCUGAUUUUGAGUACAACCUCUACAUCUAUUAUUACUUUAUCAGCUUCAUUAUCCUUGGAUUAUUUCUUCCUCUGAGUAUGCUGAUCAGUGUUAUUAUUACUAAUUUCAACAAGCAUAAAAUAAAGAUAAGAGGCUCAAAUAUCUUUAUAACAGUAAAACAGAGGAAACAGUACCGUAAACUGAAGAGGCUAAUGUAUGAAGACUCCCCUAGACCACUACCUCGCCCAAGAAAUAAGUUCCAAGGCUUUGUCUUUGACUUGGUAACAAAUCAAGUUUUUAAUAUCAUCAUCAUGGUUCUUAUCCAUGUUCAAGCAGUAACCAUUAUGAUCCAAAGUGAUGAACAGAGUCAACAAAUGGAUAUUGCUGUCUACUGGAUCAAUGCAAUUUUUGUUAUAUUGUAUACUCUAGAAUGUAUACUGAAGCUCAUCUCUUUCCAUUGUUACUAUUUCACAAUCAUAUGGAACAUUUUAGAUUUUGUGGUGGUAAUCUUCUCCAUUACAGGGCUGUUUCUGCCUAUGACAAUAGGAUACUACCUUGUGCCUCCUUCACUUGUACAACUGAUCCUUCUCUCUCGGAUCAUCCACGUCCUGCGUCUUGGAAAAGGACCAAGGGUGUUCCAUAAUCUGAUGCUUCCUUUGAUGCUGUCCCUCCCAGCAUUGUUGAACAUUGGUCUUUUCAUCUUCCUGGUCAUGUUCAUCUAUGCGAUCUUUGGAAUGUACAAUUUUGCUUAUGUGAAAAAAGAAGCUGGAAUUAAUGAUGUGUCCAACUUUGAAACCUUUGGCAGCAGUAUGCUCUGUCUUUUUCAAGUUACAAUAUUUGCUGGUUGGGAUGGUAUGCUCAAUGCAAUUUUCAACAGUAAAUGGUCUGACUGUGAUCCUGAUAAAAUUAACCCUGGGACUCAGGUUAGAGGAGAUUGCGGUAACCCUUCUGUGGGGAUUUUCUAUUUUGUCAGUUAUAUCCUCAUAUCAUGGUUGGUCAUUGUUAAUAUGUAUAUUGUUGUGGUUAUGGAGUUUUUAAGUAUUGUUUCUAAGAAAAAAUCCAGGACCUUGAGUGAAGAUGAUUUCAGGAAAUUCUUUCAGGUAUGGAAAAGGUUUGACCCUGAUAGGACACAGUACAUAGACUCUAGCCAACUUUCAGACUUUGCAGCUGCUCUUGAUCCUCCUCUUUUCAUGGCAAAACCAAACAAGGGUCAGCUCAUUGCUAUGGAUCUUCCCAUGGCUGUUGGAGACAGAAUCCACUGCCUUGACAUCUUACUUGCUUUUACUAAAAGAGUUAUGGGAAAAGAUGCAAGGGUGGAAAAACUCCUCUCCGAGGUAGAAUCAGGGUUUGUAUUAGCCAACCCUUUUAAAAUCACAUAUGAACCAAUUACAACUACUCUAAAACGAAAACAAGAGGCAGUUUCAGCCACCAUUAUUCAGCGUGCUUAUAAAAGUUACCGCUUGAGGCAAAAUGACAAAAAUACUUCAGAUAUUCAUAUAAUAGAUGGUGACAGAGAUGUUCAAGCUACAAAAGAAGGUGUCUAUUUUGACAAAGCUAAGGAAAAAUCGACUAUUCAAAGCCAGAUCUAAUCCCUACUUAUCACCUCUUUACUUUCUUCAUAUAUCCCUCAAAUGCUAAAAGCUUAAGAAAUUAAAACAAUGAUCAGAGAGAGUGAAGCUAUCAAUUGUUUACACCUGGUAUGUGUUAAGCUUCUGUUCACAAGUCUUCAUGCCAAACUCACUUUUCACCUCUGUUCAGUCUAACCAAUCUAUCAAGAAAGAUAGUCCUUAAAUAUUGCUGCAGUUAAAGUAAGUGACCUUUUGACAAUCCAGUGUUUUGCCUGCAUGGCUCAUUAGAUGUGUGCCUACGCUAGAGGACGGACGCAGGUGGUGGUAAAGAUUACCAGCCAAAUAGGUGUCCUUAUGUAUUUUACAUCUGCUUUAAUGGGCUUCUAGUUGCCACUACUAUGACUUAAUUACAGGUAAAGAAGGGCUCUCUUAAUAUAAGCUUUCUUUUUUAUUUGAUAAGUUAGAUUGGCAAUUUUUAUGGUAUCACAAAAAAUAACCUUACACAAAACUAGUGAAAUCCUACAGAGCAUUAUAUCAUCAACUCGCUUAAACCAAUGCCAGUUGGGUCAAGGGAGGGUACAGUUGUUUAUUAGGAAGUGCCUUUGAGAUCAAUCCCAGAGACU